AUGAUAAUGACACAUAACUCGCGUAAGAAACCCAGACUCCCAAGAUCAGACAGCAAAGCCAACUCUAACUUACCUAAUGGUCUUAUUGGUCCGUGCUAUGCUGCAACAGUCUUAAUCGAAGGUGUACAGUGUGAGUCCAUCUUAGACACAGGGUCACAGGUCACGACCAUCUCUGAAACAUUCCAUGCCUCAUAUCUGUCAUCCUUGCCCAUACAACCCAUUCAGAGUCUGCUUGAAAUUGAAGGCGCUGGAGGGCAUACUGUACCUUACCUCGGCUAUAUUGAAGUUAGUCUUACUUUUCCUGAUACUGUCACUGGAACCAAAGAGGAGUUAAGAGCCUUAGCCCUGAUUGUUCCUGAAUGCCUCUUUAACAGUCAAACACCUGUGUUAGUUGGCACAAAUGUUUUAAUACAACUAUACCAGCAUGCUGUAGAGCACAAAGGACCCAAGUUCUUAAAGAGGUCAGACAACUAUGCACUACUCCUCCAGCAUGUAGGCCACAGCAACAGGAGUGAAAGCAAACCUUGUCGUGUUAUAUUGCAUGGGAAAAGCCCUGUCUCCAUCCCUCCCAAACAGAGAGUUCAGAUCUUUGGGAAUGUAAGAGUAGGCAAGACAAAUCCCGACACCUCUUUUGUCCUUGAGCCGCCUGAGUCUUCCUCACUGCCUGGUGGUUUAAUGCUUGAAUGUGCUCUUUUGAACAUUUCCUGCAAAGCUGCCAGAAAGAUUCCUGUCUUCAUCAGAAACAUGACAGACCAUAAUGUCACCUUGCAGCCAAGGCAUGUUAUCGGCGUAAUCUCUGCCGCAGCUUGUGUCAUGCCGCUUAACUCUGAUCAACCUUCUUCCCCUCGUUGUGAGCCUACAACUGAGAAAGUCAAGGAGAAACUACAUUUUGACCUUGAGAACCCACUUAUUGGAGAUGAAUGGAAAACACGAAUCACAGAUAAGCUUAACUCCAUCAUAGAUGUGUUUGCUACUGAUGAAAUGUCUAAUGGUCACACUAAUGCAGUUAAGCACCAUAUAAGACUAAGUGACGAAACCCCUUUCAAAGAAAGACCCAGACCUAUAGACCCAAGUGACAGAGAAGCUGUCAAACAACACUUGAGAGAGCUUUUUGAAGCUGGUAUAAUCAGAGAAUCUGAAAGUCCUUUUGCUUCUCCGAUUGUCUUAGUCAAGAAGAAGAAUGGAAAGAUAAGACUCUGUGUUGACUACAGAAAACUAAAUACACGUACCAUUAAAGAUGCUUAUGCUCUACCUAACAUCGAGGAGACAUUCUCAGCGCUUAGUGGUGCAAAAUGGUUCUCUGUGAUGGACCUAAAAUCUGGUUACUACCAGGUUGAAAUGGCAGAAGAAGACAAGUACAAGACUGCGUUCAUAUGUCCCCUAGGCUUCUGGGAGUUCAACAGAAUGCCCCAAGGCAUAACAAAUGCUCCCUCUACUUUUCAACGCCUGAUGGAAAAGUGCGUUGGGGACUUACAUAUGAACGAAGUGCUUGUGUUCUUGGAUGAUCUUAUAGUCUUCUCUGAGACUCUUGAAGAACAUGAGGCCCGGCUCAUGAGAGUGUUGCAGCGCCUCAAAGACUAUGGUCUGAAGUUAUCACCUGAGAAGUGUCACUUCUUCAAGUCCUCAGUGAAGUAUCUUGGCCAUGUUGUGGAUGCUCAGGGUGUUCACACUGAUCCAGAUAAGAUCUCAGCUUUGAAAACCUGGCCUUGUCCUACAAACAGAGAAGAACUUGAAAAGUUUUUGGGCUUUGCAGGCUAUUACCGGCGCUUCGUUGAAGGUUACUCCAAGAUAGCCAAGCCCUUAAAUGCUCUUAAAGCUGGAUACCAUCAUCCUCGUAAAAGAGGAAAGAUAUACAAAAGACCCUGUCCCAAGGGCCCUGUGAACUCUCGGGUACCUUUUGGUGAUGAGUGGAACACUGAAUGCAACCUUGCCUUUAAAACCCUUAUUGAGAGGUUAACAUCCUCACCAAUCCUUGCAUUCGCAGACCCCAAGCUCUCCUAUGUAUUGCACACCGAUGCUAGCGGAGAGGGUCUUGGUGCUGCUAUUUAUCAAGAACAAGUCGGGAAGCUUAAGGUGAUAGGUCACUGUAUACAUUCAAGUCUGGAUGAGUCUGAGUUUCCCUGUCUGGCUGAAUCCUUGGCCCUGGAUGCCUCAGUUAUACCAGACUGUUUCGCCAAUCCUGGACAAGACACCAUACCUGGCAGGAAAAAGGAAGACUGGUACAGAUCUCAGAGGGAAGAUCCAAUUCUCAACAAGGUCAUUUAUUUUCUUGAAGCAGCACAUAAGCCAAACUUCAAACAUUCGAGCUCUGAGCCGCCUGAGUGCCUGACAGUCGUGAUACAAGAAAAGUCCUGGGGCCUCAUGUACUAA